UGUCCUUAGCCUAUCCGGUUCUCAAUUUGAUAAUUCAACCCUAUCCUCCAUUGUGGAGGUGAUUCAUUAAAAAAUAAGAAAGGAAAGAUGUCUACUUCGAAUCUGGCCUUUCUCAAGGCGAAAGCAUGCACAGAAAUUGUUGCAGAGCUAAUUGCCUCUGAGAAUCAAAACAAGGUUAUCAACUUGAAUGCCUUGAAGAUGAGAAUUUCGAAAAAGCAUCAAUUGCCUGAGUCCCCUAGGUUAACUGAUAUUAUUGCUGCAAUUCCCCCUGAUGCAUACCUGAAAGAUUCAUUGAUGAGAAAGCUACGGGCGAAGCCAGUACGAACGGCAUCCGGUAUUGCAGUCGUAGCUGUAAUGUGUAAGCCCCAUAGAUGCCCCCAUAUUGCAAUGACGGGUAACGUAUGUGUUUAUUGCCCAGGAGGACCAGAUUCUGAUUUUGAGUACUCGACGCAAUCGUAUACCGGUUAUGAGCCAACUAGUAUGCGGGCUAUCCGCGCGCGUUAUGAUCCUUAUGAACAAGCAAGAGGACGUGUAGAGCAAUUACGUUCUCUUGGGCAUAAUGUUGACAAAGUCGAAUACAUUAUCAUGGGUGGUACGUUCAUGUCUUUGCCGGAAUCAUAUCGCCAUCAUUUUAUUGCCAACCUUCAUAAUGCGUUGUCAGGUGCUACUACGGAAGAUGUGGAUGAGGCAGUUCGUUUCUCUGAACAAUCAGAAACAAAAUGUGUAGGUAUAACUAUAGAAACCAGACCGGACUACUGCCUGGACCAACACCUUGAUGAAAUGCUUCGUUACGGCUGCACUCGUCUUGAAGUGGGUGUUCAAAGUGUGUAUGAAGAUGUUGCUCGAGACACAAAUCGUGGCCAUACAGUAAAGGCUGUUUGUGAGACAUUUCAGCAGGCGAAAGAUGCGGGUUACAAAGUAGUAACUCACAUGAUGCCUGAUCUUCCAAACGUUGGUAUGGAACGUGAUAUUUUCCAGUUCCAAGAAUACUUCGAAAACCCAGCCUUUCGUACUGACGGUUUGAAACUCUAUCCGACUCUCGUUAUCCGUGGCACAGGACUUUAUGAAUUAUGGAAAACCGGUCGCUAUAAGAAUUAUACCCCUAAUGCUUUGGUUGAUUUAAUUGCUCGAAUUUUGGCUCUUGUCCCUCCCUGGACAAGAAUUUAUCGUAUUCAGCGAGAUAUCCCUAUGCCUUUGGUCAGUUCUGGUGUUGAGACUGGUAACCUUCGUGAGUUAGCAUUGAAUCGUAUGAAAGAUUUGGGUACCAAAUGCCGUGAUAUUCGUGCACGUGAGGUUGGUAUUCAAGAAGUUCAUCAUAAGAUUCAUCCGGAACAAGUAGAGUUGCUUCGUCGUGAUUACACUGCUAACGGAGGUUGGGAAACAUUUUUGUCAUAUGAAGAUCCUAAGCAAGAUAUUUUGAUUGGCUUACUUCGUCUUCGAAAAUGCUCUGAAGCAACAUAUCGUCCGGAACUCAAUUCACAACCAACUUCAUUGGUUCGUGAGCUACACGUAUAUGGUAGUGCGGUUCCUCUUCAUAGUCGUGAUCCAAAGAAGUUUCAACAUCAAGGAUUCGGUACGUUGUUACUGGAGGAAGCUGAACGGAUAGCUCGUGAAGAACAUGGCAGUGAAAAGUUGAGUGUAAUUUCCGGUGUCGGUGUACGCAAGUAUUAUCGUAAACUGGGUUACGAGUUGGAGGGACCUUAUAUGUCUAAAUGGCUUUAAAGUGUUGUAUAUUUAAUUGGAAUGGGUUUGAUUUGGUAAACGAAUAUAAUUUUUUGAGCAAAUUACACAUAAUAUAUCAAUCUUAUUAUUUUUAUCUCGA